AUGAGAAACCUCCCAACUCCCAAAGACCUAGCCGCCAUCUGGGCCGGCGUCUUCCCACUAUCCAAUGCCCACGGACCUCCUCAGCAGUGGAUUGACCUCCACUCGAAAUCGAUAAUCUACAACGAUCACGCCUUCCGGGUUCAGCGCAAAGGGCACGCCGGCAUAGCAGAUCACGUCGGGAUGUGGAAACAUGCGAACCCCGACUUCGAAAUGCACGUUGAGCUUGUCUGGCCGGAGUUGAAGAAAGGUGGGAAGGUUUAUGUGACUUUCGCCUUUGUCGGAACCGGAACGUAUACGAACGACCUGACGAGCCAGUAUAAGGCCAGCGGAAAGACGUUCCGCUAUCGAGGAAGAUUGGACCUGACUAUAAACGAAGAUGACGGGCUUAUCGAGGUUGUGGAUGAGUAUUAUCCUCUUCACUUUGAUGCGGGAACUUCGGUUGAUGACUAUCGGAAGCGCGAAGAAGACAAUGAGUUCAAUGCCUAA